AUGCGCUCUGUCUUUGCACUCCUCUCCCUCGCCGCUUCGGCCCUCGCCUUCACCGUCCUCGAGCCUUCGGGCUCGCAGAGUUGGGUUCUCGCCGCGGACAACAACACUGUUUCUUGGUCUUCCGUCAGCACCGACAGGAGCAACUUCACCAUCGUUCUUGUGAAUCAGAAACAAACACCAGCGUACUCCCAAAUCAUCUCCGCCCUCGUGGACACUUCCCUUCAGUCGACUGUCGUCAGUCUUCCGAACACCGUCACCGCCGGCAAGAACUAUCAAGUCAACCUCGUCAAGGACUCGGAGAGCCUCAGCACCAUCCUUGCGCAGUCGGAUGACUUUGAAGUACUUGCUGCCCCCUCGUCCACUUCGACGUCGGCCUCUCAGACUGCUGCGGCGGCGUCCACGCCAACGGCAGCUGCCGCUGUUGCUUCAACCACUUCUCCGGCGGCUAGCGCGACGCCCUCUACGAACACCAAUGGAGCCUCUAGUAACAGGGCGGCUACCGGGAUCCUUGCGGUCGCCUGUGCUGCCGGAGGCGCGUUGUUGCUUUGA